AUGAAGCUUUGGGUGGCGUUGCUCCUCCACUUUGCCAUAUGCUGGGCCAAGGACUUCUACCAGAUUCUCGAGUUGGACCGGCAGGCGCUGGACCUGGAGAUCCGGCUGGCGUACCGGCGGCUCUCGCUUAAGUACCACCCAGAUAAAAACCCAGGGCUGGAAGAGGCCCACGAGCGGUUCAUCGAGGUGGGCGAGGCGUACGAGGUGUUGAAGGACGAGACCAAGCGCAGCAACUACGAUACCUACGGCGACCCCGACGGUCCUGGCGGCCACGGUGGCGGUGCCAACUUUGGCGAUAUGUUCAACCAGUUCUUCGGUGGCGGCUUUGCUGGCGGUGGCUUCCAUGGCCAACCAGCACAACGGCAAGGCGAAGAUACCGUCACUGAUAUUCACUUAUCGUUGGCUGAGUUCUAUAAGGGCAAGUUCGUCGAGUUUGGCAUCGAGAUGCAAGACCUCUGCUCGCAGUGUCACGGGCUGGGGCUGGCUGACGGCGAGUUCCACAAGUGCAGCAAGUGCCAAGGUAGAGGCGAGAUUGUUGUCCAACGGCAGAUCGGCCCGGGGAUGAUCACGACGAUGAGAAUGCCCUGCGAUGCCUGUCAGGGUAAAGGGAACACCAUCAAAACCCCCUGUGGCCACUGUAAAGGCCACGGCGUCGAGCGGGGGAUGCGCAACUACGACUUGUUCGUCAAGGCGGGGCUGCCGCGAGACUCCCACGUCGUGUUGCACGGCGAAGGCAACCAGAUCCCCGAGGUGAAUCCUGGCGACUUAAAAGUGUUCAUUCGCGAGGACUUCAGAUUGUCGUUGGGCUACCGGCGGGUGCGGGACAACUUGUACCGGACGGAGAUGUUGACGGUGGCCGAGGCGGUCAAUGGCGACUGGCAGCGCCAGCUCCGGUUCCUCGACGACCUGAAUAUUACCCUCAGUCGUGGCCCCGGUGAGGUGGUGAGCCUGGGACAUGUCGAGGUGAUUAAAGGGAAGGGGAUGCCUAAGUUUCGUGGUGAGGAUGACGUCACCGAGUACGGCGACCUCUUUGUCGAGUACGUGGUGCUUAUGACGCCGUUGACUGCGACUACGGGAGUCUCUGACGGCGCUAAGGGAGAAGGGCAUGGCAACGACGAGCUUUAG